CAUGAAAUCAUCAUGUGGAUCUGGGGAUUGGGAUAUCUGAUCCUUUACUGGGGAUAUCCAUUGCGAACUGCAUCCUGGAUCAAGGUUCAAUACGGUAUCCAUCGAUCCCUCUCCCAAAGCCUGAAAAAAUCAUGGCACCAAAGAAGGGUGAGAAGAAGACGGCAGACAAGGCUGAGAAGGCCGCAAAGCAAGUGAAGGCCAACGUGGGUAAGAAGGUGAAGAAGAUCCGCACCAAGGUGCGCUACUACCGUCCAAAGACCCUCAUCAAGGCACGAAAUGGCAAGUACCCCCGCAAGUCUGUGGAGAGUAGGGGUGACAAGCUGGACAAGUACCGCAUCAUCCAGUGCCCGGUGACCACUGAGUCCGCCAUGAAGAAGAUUGAGGAGAUCAACACCUUGGUCUUCUUGGUGGAUGUUCAGGCCACGAAGCCCAAGAUCAAGGAGGCCGUGAAGCAGCUCUACGACGUGAAGUGCGCCAAGGUGAACACCUUGAUCCGCCCAGAUGGGAAGAAGAAGGCCUACGUGCGCCUGACACAGGAUUACGAUGCUUUGGAUGUGGCCAAUCGCAUUGGCAUCAUCUAAGCUGGCGCCAAGGACUUACUCAAUGCGCAACGACUGGGAGGGAGAAAGCGGAAGACAUCGGUGGAGAAAAGAAUGCG